AUGGAGGUUUUAAUUUGUAAGGGAGAGACAAGAGAGAAGGUUAGGGAGUCCAGGGCUGGCGGGUAUGGGACAAGGUGUUGGGAAGAAAGGUAUCUAAAUGAAGGAGGAGCGUUGCAUACACGCUCCAUAGAUUGGUUACUGAAACAAGCCAAGCAGAAGUUGCAGAAGCUUUCAUAA